AUGUCUUCCUCAUCCUGGCCUCCUGCUCUCAAGACUUGGGUGCAGGACUGCCUGUCCAGAGCAACAACCUCCGCCAACAAGGCGGAGGUCAACGCUGAACUGAAACAGAUAUUAUUCGACGCACACCGACUUGGUACAUUGCACUCGACAGACUGGUCAGCCAUGAAGCUGAAAGCACUUCAGCCCAAAGCCCCCAUUGUCACGAUAGCGCCUUCAGUUUACCAACAGUCAUACCCGUCUCUCUCCCCACCUACUAACGCCACCACGAAACCCACGCCCAAGAAGGAGAAGAAGGCCAAGAAGCGCAAAGGCGAAAUCACGGACGGCUUCCCUUCCGCCUACAAGUUUGAAUCAGAAGAAGAGAAGGCGGCGAAGCAGCGCCGCUUGGAGCGGUUCAAUAACCCGGGCCCGUCGUCGAACGGGGGCGAUGCCGGGCCACAUGCGACAGGCACAGCUGCAUGGUUCCCUAGCAGCAAUGGUAAUGGGGCUCUCAGCGCAAGACUGGCCCCAAGGCAGGUAGGACACAGCAAGUUUAGCAACUUUGGUUAUGAGCCCGAGGUCGCCGAGGUGGAUCCCAAUGUGAUGGACUGGGAUCAUCACACGAUCCGGGGAACAUCAACUCGACUGGAGAAGUCUUAUUUGCGCUUGACAUCCGAGCCAAACCCGGCCGAUGUGCGCCCUCUCCCCGUUUUGAAGCAGACUCUCACACUGCUCAAGCAAAAGUGGAAAGAGAACCGCAACUACGCGUAUGCGCUCGACCAGUUCAAGUCUGUGCGCCAAGAUUUGACUGUUCAGCGGAUUAAGAACGAGUUCACCGUCGAGGUGUACGAGAUCCACGCCCGCAUCGCGUUGGAGGCCAAGGACCUCGGCGAGUACAAUCAAUGCCAGAGCAUGUUGCGGCAGCUUUACGAGCUCGGGUUGGGGGGCCACCCCCUCGAGUUCCUAAGCUACCGUAUCAUGUAUUUGCUUCACACAAGGAACCGCAGUGACCUGGGGGUCCUACUGGGCCAGCUCACAGCGGAGCAGAAGGCUGACCCGGGAGUUGCGCACGCGCUUGCAACUGCACGUGCGCUUGCCACCUCCAACUACAGCAAGUUUUUUGAUCUCUUUCUGCACGCUCCCAACAUGAGCGGCUACAUCAUGGAUCAUUUCGUGGAGCGCGAGCGAGCACAAGCUUUGGCCGUCAUGUCGAAGGCAUACAUCUCUUUGCCAUUAUCGUAUUUAACACACACGCUGGCGUUCGAUAGCGACCAGGACACUGACGAGUUCCUGACGGGGCACCAGAGCGCGAUUUAUGUUGCUCCCGCGAGGGAUACAGCCGACCCAUGGAAGCCGAUUGCGCCGGUCCCGCUGUCCAAACGCGUGUGGGACGCCAAGAAGGCGCAUGCGGCGUGUGCAAGGGGCAUAGAGAAGUACCGCGUCGUUGAUCUCAAGGGGCAGGUCGACUAG